CCCUCAUAUUUGCUUCUUCGUAUAUAAGCUCGUCUCGUUCCUAUGAGAAUCAUUCCUCGAUUGGAAGUACUCUAGUCCGUACGCAAUGGCUGCUAAGUUUGUCGUAGUGCUCGCGCUGGCGGUGGCCGCCCAGGCGUCAGUGGUGCCCGUGGGCGUCGCGCGCGCAGACGACUACACCAGUUUCGCGUACGACGUGGCCGAUCCCAACACCGGCGACUACAAGAGCCAGGUCGAGACGCGCGUCGGCGGCGUCGUGCAGGGCCAGUACUCGCUGCUGGACGCCGAUGGCACCAAGCGUACCGUCGAUUAUGCCGCUGAUGAUGUCAAUGGCUUCAACGCUGUCGUGCGCAAGGACCCUGUUGCCGUCGCUGCGCCUGUUGUGAGCGCGCCUGUUGUCAGCGCGCCUGUAGUCGAAGCCGCUCCCGCUGUGGUUGCCGCGCGCACUUACGCCGCCCCUGCCGUGUACUCCGCUGCUCCCGUUGUUGCCGCGCGCACUGUCGCCGCCCCUGCCGUAUAUUCGACCGGCGUGGUUGCUUCAGCGCCGGCUGUGUAUGCCGCACGCACUGUUGCCGCUCCCGCUGUAUACUCCGCCCCUGUAGUGGCCGCACGUACGGUUGCCGCUCCCUCCGUCUACUCGACCGGUGUGGUUGCUUCAGCACCCGCCGUAUACGCCGCUAGCGCCCCCGUGGUAGCCACCCGCACCGUUGGCGUCGCCGCCCCGGCCGUCUACUCCGCCCCGGCCGUCUACUCCGCCCCGGCCGUCUACUCCGCCCCCGUCGUCGCCCGCUACGCCGCACCCUCCGUAUACAGCUCAUACUACGGCACCCCUUACACCUACGGCGCGUACGCUGCCCCGGUAGCUCAAUGGUAACUUUAACAAAACCUUGUCUCAAGGUUCCUUAGCCAUAAACCACGACGUGUUCUUCAUAAUGUAUAUAACUUAUACGACUUUGUACAUAUGCAGUAUGUAUGCGAAAUACAAACGUUUUAUACUUAACAA